UCCAUUGUCGAAGAUUAUUCAGUUUGGCCUGGCCUGCUCUCUUCUCCAACUACAGCUUGAGAGGUCUCGAGCACAUUUCAACGACCGUAACUCGACAUACAGAUCCUCUACUACAUCCGUCUUCGCAGAUUCAGCGUUCAACAUGGUUGCAUCAAAGUGUGUGACGGGCUUGUCAAGCCUUCCAAUGGAGCUCCUUCUGGACAUUUACCACCACAUGGACGUUGGUAGCAUUUACGAAUUGUCCGCCAUCAACAAGUUUUUCCACAACCUUUUCACUACACGCAAGGCAGCUAUCCUGUUUCCGGUAUUGGCUCGAGAGUUUAGUCCAUUUGACGAGCUCCUGCAAGUCUAUACCGCUACAGCGAACGAUCUGCCAAGCACGGCGCGCAGCCUGUACCAGCCCCGGCGGAUUGUCCUCAGGCGCUUCACUGGGGACGCUGGCAUUGUGCUAGCGGAUGGCCCUUCCGUGGUUCAGACGAAGCCUGUAUACACCCAAGUCAAUGGACGCGGACGUGGCGUGCGGGGUGAUGUUGAUCUCCGCGGUCAUGGCCACAUUGUUCUGACCGAAAAAGACCUUGGCCCCAUUAUGGAACUUUGCCUGCUGGCCCGUAAAUGGGAGUCGCUGUUCCCGUCAAUGAGAUGGUACUAUGAUCCGGCCCGUUGUCGGACACUGAGGCCGCACGAGGGAGAACGCUUCCGCAGAGCGUUCUAUCGAUGGUGGCUUUUCGGCAUCUACUUCCACGGAGACAUGCCCAGACCACGCGUAGGUCUGCCCGAACCCUUUGCGGACGAUUUCAGGAGCAGUCUCAUUCGACACUACCCUACAAGUCAGCUCCUGGAGUUGAUGGAUUUGAUGGAGACGCUGAAGGACAUCAUCCUGCACUACAUUUGCCCGCGGCUGAACGCGAAUGAGCAACUGAAUCUCAAUAAACAACCCCCGCUUAUAGACAGCGUUGAUCGCAUGCAGUCCAUGUCGGACAGCUGGAAUGAUCAGAGUCGCUGGGGCCGCGUCAUCAAGACUUACUUCAAGCUUGGUCCCAGGGAUCUUAUGUAUUAUUUCGACAACAUUUGCAGCUAUCCUCGCAAGCGUCUGAUUGGAGAAAUCCGGGCCAAGUUUGCGACCUUCACCUUCGAUCAAGAAUCCAUACAGCUCACUGUUCGCUGCGUCUUAGAUGAGCGACAAUGGCUAUUGUCUUCCCCAAGCCUAGCAACUAACGAGUCCGGCGGCAUCAUUGACUUUGACGACGAGCGGGACCUUGAACGCUCUGUGUUCGAUAAGGACGGCAGCCCUGACGGUGGAUUGCCCAACGGCAAGAGGUUUGUGACUUGUUUGUCUCAAUACUCCCCAAGAGGAGAUGACGGGGCGCAUCUCGAGGACUACGACCGGGAAAACGCCUGGGAGCGUCUUCAUUCUUCCCUUCAGACCUUACCCGUCGAACCCGUGAUGCCUUAGAGAUUGUCGGGCUUAAUAGUUCUAUUUUGUAUUAUCAUGAAUCAUAGAAUGGCUCUCCGCGAAGACUUGGGUGAUAGCGCUGCGGGCAUGGUGUAUCGUCCCUUGUGACGUCUCAUGCUCGGGAAAAUCGGAAUCAAUUCCAGAUGAAAGAGACCAUGUAGCUGCAAAUACUUGUCUCUCAUUAGCUUUUACUCGUAAUCUUAUU